AUGUCUACUAACAAAGCACGAAGAGUAAUUGAUAAAAUUCGUGGACGUUCCUACGAAGAAACACUUAUGGUACUAGAACUUAUGCCUUAUCAAACAUGUUAUCCACUUUUUAAAUUGGUUUAUUCUGCAGCAGCAAAUGCUAUUCACAAUAUGGGUUUAAACGAAUCAAGUUUAAUCAUUAGUAAAGUGGAAGUUAACAAGGGUACUACUGUGAAAAAAUUAAAGCCUAGAGCUCAAGGGCCUAGUUAUCCAAUAAAAAGACCCACGUGUCAUAUAACUAUUCUAUUAAAAGAUAUAUCCGUAAACGAAGAAUAUUAUAAAAGAUCCAAAUACGCCAUAUUAUGCUUAAAAAACCCUGGAUGGCUAAAAAAAAACAAGUACACAGAUAUGACGCGUUAUAAUAUAUGUGGUAUCGGGGGAUUAUGGGGCAAAAAAUAA